CCAAGCUGGGUAAGCUUGCCAACCAUAGGUGCUGGACUGGAACGUUGUGAGAUAGAGACAGCUGAGGCAAAGAGACAGAAGACUGUCUCAGCUGAUUUUCUACUUGCAUAGCUAGUUAAUCUCAGCCACACACCUCUAUCAGGCCUUCUCAAAGACAGAUUUUGCUGAUCCAUAAAACUAAAAGUGCUAAUAGUGUUUCAUCUCUCUAACUUCUGCCGUCCUUCUUUUCUCCUGUUCUUCUUGGCCUUAAUCCUCUAUUUAUGCAAUUCCUCUGAAACUCUUUUAUUGAUACUUCGGUACCCAAUGAAUCUCUCCGCUCUCUUUUAUCCAUGCCAGCUCCCCGCUGGAAGCAUAGUUUCUGGAUGCACGAGCCAGUCUCCACUUUCUUCCUCAAGAUUACUCCGUGGUUUUCAUUCAGAAACUUAUCAGCAUCAACAUGGGAAGGUAAAGGAAAUGAAAAAGGCGUAUGUCCGUGCAGCACUGUCAGAUUCAGGAGAAUACUACUCGCAGAAGCCACCCACCCCCCUACUGGAUACAAUUAACUAUCCCAUCCAUAUGAAAAAUCUUUCCAUGAAGGAGCUCAAGCAACUAUCAGAUGAGCUAAGGUCUGAUGUCAUCUUCAAUGUAUCUAAGACAGGCGGCCACCUCGGUUCUAGUCUUGGUGUGGUGGAGCUGACUGUGGCUCUCCAUUAUGUCUUCAAUGCUCCCAUGGACAAGAUAGUAUGGGAUGUUGGCCAUCAGUCCUACCCACACAAAAUCUUGACAGGUAGGAGGGACAAGAUGCCGACUUUGAGGCAGACCAAUGGAUUAUCUGGAUUCACUAAGCGUUCAGAGAGUGAAUAUGAUUCCUUUGGCACCGGUCAUAGUUCUACCAGCAUUUCAGCAGCUCUUGGGAUGGCAGUAGGAAGAGAUCUAAUGGGGAGGAAGAACAAUGUGAUUGCAGUGAUUGGGGAUGGAGCAAUGACGGCAGGGCAAGCUUAUGAAGCAAUGAACAAUGCUGGGUAUCUUGACUCUGACAUGAUUGUUAUACUUAAUGACAAUAAGCAGGUAUCCCUUCCCACUGCUAAUCUUGACGGACCAAUACCACCCGUAGGAGCUCUAAGCAGUGCCCUCAGUAAACUGCAAUCAAGCAGACCUCUUAGAGAGCUGAGGGAGGUAGCCAAGGGGGUCACAAAGCAGAUUGGUGGAUCUAUGCAUGAAUUUGCGGCAAAAGUUGAUGAAUAUGCUCGAGGAAUGAUCAGCGGAUCCAACUCAUCCCUGUUCGAAGAGCUAGGGCUCUACUACAUAGGACCAGUUGAUGGCCAUAAUUUGGAUGAUCUAAUCACCAUUCUUAAGGAAGUGAAAAGCACCAAAACAACUGGACCAGUUUUAAUUCAUGUUGUGACCGAGAAAGGAAGAGGGUAUCCUUACGCUGAGAGAGCAGCAGAUAAGUAUCAUGGUGUGGCCAAAUUUGAUCCAGCUACAGGGAAGCAAUUCAAAGGAAGUGCCAAGACUCAGUCUUAUACCAAUUACUUUGCUGAGGCUCUUAUAGCAGAAGCAGAAGCGGACAAGAACAUUGUUGCAAUACAUGCUGCUAUGGGCGGGGGAACAGGACUCAACUACUUCCUCCGCCGCUUUCCAAACCGUUGCUUUGAUGUGGGAAUUGCAGAGCAGCAUGCUGUCACUUUUGCUGCUGGCUUAGCUUGUGAGGGAUUAAAGCCAUUUUGUGCAAUCUACUCUUCUUUCCUUCAGCGAGCUUAUGAUCAGGUGAUACAUGAUGUGGACUUGCAGAAGCUCCCUGUGAGGUUUGCUUUAGACCGUGCGGGCCUUGUUGGGGCUGAUGGACCUACACAUUGUGGAUCAUUUGAUGUAACUUACAUGGCAUGUUUGCCGAAUAUGAUAGUGAUGGCUCCUUCUGAUGAGGCAGAACUGUUUCACAUGGUGGCCACAGCAGCAGCUAUUAAUGACCGACCAUCGUGUUUCCGAUAUCCAAGGGGAGAUGGCAUUGGAAUUCCUCUGCCACCAGGAAACAAAGGUGUGCCGAUUGAGGUUGGUAAAGGUAGGAUUUUGAGGGAGGGUGAGGCUGUAGCUCUUCUAGGAUAUGGAACAGCAGUUCAAAGUUGUUUAGCUGCUGCUCGUCUUGUGGAACACCAUGGCCUAAAGCUAACCGUAGCAGAUGCCCGCUUCUGCAAACCGCUGGACCAAGCUCUGAUUCGCAGCCUCGCAAAAUCACACCAGGUUUUGAUAACAGUUGAAGAAGGAUCAAUUGGUGGCUUUGGCUCACAUGUUGCUCAGUUCAUGGCUCUUGACGGCCUUCUGGAUGGCACAACAAAGUGGAGGCCAUUGGUUCUUCCGGAUCGAUAUAUAGAGCAUGGAUCGCCUGGUGAUCAAUUGUGUGAGGCAGGUCUGACACCCUCCCAUAUUGCUGCUACUGCACUUAAUGUUGCUGGGAAGAAAAUGGAGGCUUUGGAAAUCAUGUCAUAUCAAUUAAACAAGUCAUCUUCAAAGAACACAGUUUGAGAAAGAUGUAUGUCUCAGGAUUUCUUAUUGAUAGAUUUUGGAUGCCAAAGCUUUGACAUUUUUGUUGGAGUGAGGUGAGUGAUUAUUGACGAAUUGGUUAUCAUCUGCAUGACAAUGAUAAUCAAUGCUUGGCAAUCAUUGAAUUGAAUUUACCUCUCCUUGGAGCGAUAUGAAUAUUUCCUACAUCGUUUUUUGCUUUUUAAUUUUCUUAAAAUUUUAGAUAAAACUGCCCUA